AUGACUGUCAACAAGAAACGUGAGAAGGAAGAGCCAAACGAAGCAAAUUUGACAAAUACUAUCGUGUUUCCUACUCGUCAACAACGUUAUGAAAAUUCUUCUCAAACAAAACUCUUUAAUAAAUACUUCAAUCAAAGUUUCAUGCUCACUUUAACAUGUUUAAAACUUGCUUAUUCCAUUGUUAGAAAGAAAUGCAAGACGGAAAAGAAAGUAAAUCGUCUUUUCGAUAUUAAAAGAAUUGUUAACAUCGUCAUUAAAACAACUUGA